GGUAGGAUGCAUUGACCCUGAAAGUUUUACUGCAGGGGAAAUAGCACAAUUGCCUCAAAUGUCAAAAUACAUGGCUCUAGCUCGGUUUUGGAGCCUAGACCCUAGCAAAGUCCGUUGGAACAUCAACUAUAUAUCUAAUGUGUUUUCUCUUUCUAUGGAACUUUUCUUCUCCCAUCGGCUUUUCACUCACCAGCCAUAUCCUACUUCUCCGUUCUUAGAGAUUAACAAGUCGCCAUGCGUUCUUCUACCUUGGCAGUCACUGCUGCUGCAUCUGCUGGCAUUGUUAAUGCCGCAGCAAGUUCGACUCUUAGUGAUAUCUGCACAACCUCCUACAUCCAACAAUCUCUUCCGGACCCUGCUACUAUUGGCCUUGCUGUCACUCUCGACUCGGCAUCCGUUACAGCUAACGCAGUCUCAAACGCUACUACUACUGGCAAUGUCUUCUUCCCAGACGCGACAAUUAGUUAUUGUAAUGUAACUUUCACCUAUUCUCAUACUGGAAGAGAGGAUUCAGUAUUCGUCCAGUAUUGGUUGCCCGCCCCAGCAAACUUUCAGGGUCGUUACCUGUCCACUGGAGGUGGUGGUUAUGCGAUAAACUCCCAAGACCAAUCGCUUCCUGGUGGUAUUAUCUAUGGUGCCAGUGCUGGUAUCACAGAUGGAGGCUUUGGAGGAUUCACUAACAACUUCGACACCGCCUUUCCCCUUGCCAACGGCACUGCCAACUAUGACUCCCUUUUCAUGUUCGGCUAUCAAGCUCACCACGAAUUGAGCUUGAUCGGAAAACAGUUCACAAAGAAUGUGUUUGCCAUGGGAGACAGCAAGCUUUAUUCCUACUACCAGGGAUGCUCUGAGGGUGGACGUGAAGGAUGGAGUCAAGUCCAACGUUAUGCUGACCAAUGGGACGGUGCUAUCACAGGUGCUCCAGCCAUGCGAUUUGCUCACCAGCAAGUUCAACAUCUUUACUCCAACGUAGUUGAAAAAACCCUUGGUUACUAUCCACCACCAUGCGAGUUGGAGAAGAUUGCAAACCUUACAAUCGCUGCUUGUGAUCCUAUGGAUGGCAAGACAGAUGGUGUUGUUGCCCGUACAGAUCUUUGCAAAUUGAACUUUGAUCUAAACUCCAUACUUGGUGAGGCAUAUUCAUGUGGUGCAACCCCCGCGUCCACAAACCCAUAUAACCCUACACCUGCACUUCCAGCACAAAAUGGUACUAUUUCGGCCGAAGGUAUUGCAGUCGCUGCCAAGAUCAUCGAUGGUCUCCGCGACACUCAAGGUCGCAGGGCUUAUUUAUCCUACCAGCCAGCUGCAACUUUUGACGACGCUGCCACCGUAUACAACGAUGAAACCAACAGCUGGGAGUUGUCUAUCAGCUCGCUUGGAUCUGAGUUCCCAGUACGCUUCAUCGAACUUCUCGAUGCUUCUACUUUUGAUGCCGGCACCUUCGACAACGUCACCUACGACACCCUUAGAGAUUGGAUGUACACCGGAUGGCAAAUGUAUGAAGAUACAUUACAAACCACUUGGCCCGACCUCACCCCAUUCCAAGCAGCAGGUGGCAAGGUUCUACACUUCCAUGGUGAAUCAGACAACAGUAUCCCUACUGCCUCAUCUGUCCGUUAUCACGAAUCUGUCCGCUCUGUCAUGUAUCCCAAUAUGACUUUUAAUGAGAGUACUGAGGCCCUCGGUGACUGGUAUCGUCUAUUCUUGGUUCCCGGAGCGGCCCAUUGUACUACCAAUGAAUAUCAGCCAAACGGACCAUUCCCUCAAACAAAUCUCGCUGUUUUGAUCGACUGGGUCGAGAAUGGCAACACACCUACUACUCUCAAUGCCACCGUUCUCCAAGGCGAGUUUGAGGGCGAGGAACAACAAAUUUGCGCUUGGCCAUUGAGACCAAUGUGGUCUAACAAUGGAACUACCAUGGCGUGCGAAUAUGAUCAAGCUUCUAUUGAUAGUUGGAUCUACGACUUUGACUCUUUCCCGGUGCCAGUCUACUAGAUUGCGCAAAAUGGGUCAUGAUUGACGCGUAAAUGGCAUGAAAGUCAGAAUUUUCCAUCCUGCUCAAUGAAAUUUGACAAGAACUAGUGGGCGGUGUACAAAUUCAAAAGCUUAAGCUUCUCCUGUAUAUAUAUAUUUUUUAGCUGGUAAAUAUUCAACCACUGUAAUUUGUUGAUCCGCCGUUUUCUUUCAGUGCUUUACGAAAUUCCAACGGUUAGACA